AUGGACAUCCCCGACCGCAUGCGUCCGCGUCACAAAAAGGGGAACAUGUACGUGAUCGUAUGCGGGCAUCCUGUUGCAGCGCGCCGCCUUUCCGCCACCCGAGAGCUGCCACGUUUGGGUCCCUCUCUUGAGCCUGUUGGGAAAAAUAAUUGGCAGCCUCGACCCCCUGCUGCGCGCAGCUUGGCGCCUUGCACCAUGCGCACACGCAUCGUGUUGGGUGAAAACGAGUGCCCUGUAACGAAGAGUACACUCGCGCCCCAACGUCUGCAGUGGCACAAGGCACACUGUCGUCGGGCCAACGCCCUCCCGCUUGCUACGGGGGCCGAGAAGAAGUUGACAAGGAUGUGCACAGCGUUGCGCGCUUUAUUUGCAAAGUGA